AUGAAAAUACCUAGCCCUACACGGAAGCAAUCUGUUGGGGAUCGUCACAUGAUCUCACCCACUCGCCACAAUAUGUCCCGUUCAGCGCGGAGGAGGAAAAACACUGGUCAUUGGUGGUUGUCAUCGAUAUCAUGGAGGAUGAAGAAGGAGGCUGACUCAUAUGACUUGACUCCUCAAACUCACCUCUCUUCCAAUAGUCCCUACUACAAGGGUCUCACUGAUCAAUCUCUUGCUAUCACUCCGACCUCUCAUGAAGAAAACUACGAACACGACAGCACUGUCUCGCCAUCACUCCGGCCUCUCCUCCUUUCAUCAUCCCCCAUCAGUAGUCCUUACUACAAAGGUCUUACGGAUUAUUCUCUUGUCAUCGAUGCUUCUUGGACUGCUACUCCUCAUCCAAUUCCUCAUCACAGUUCAUCUCUUUCUUGUUACCAUGACUCAAGUCCAUACUAUAGGGGUCUUAUUGCUCUUCCUGUCCCUACCUCCCCCUCCUCUCUCUACUCCCUCAACAUCAAUUUCAAUACCUCCACUACCACGUCCACCCAACCAUCAACUCGUGAUUUUGUUGUCUUUUUAAGUCCAGAAGAUCAAUCACUCAUGGUGACAGAGCCGGAAGCAACUUUAAACGAGGCAAUGGUGUUGAUCCAUCCCGGUAUCCAGGGGAAGCCUUUAAGGGUUAAUGAUCAUUCGUCAUCACAAGCAACUCUCGAGGAGAUGGAUGAUGAUGAUGAUGAUGAUGAUGAUGAUGAUAAUGAUGAUGACGACAAUGAUGAUGAUAACGAUGAUGACGACGAAAUUGAAGGUGAGAAGCCUUUGAGGGUUAAUAACGAAUCGGAAACAAUUUUGGAAGAUGUUGUGUUGUUGGUUGAAGAGCAUACUAGGAAGCCUUUGAGGGAGGGAGUAACAUCAGAUUCGGAGACAGUAUUGUUACAGCAAAAAAAUGCUGAGAAAUCAGAUAUAGGUUUGGAGGAGAUGGAUUUGGUGAUUGAACAAGAGAAACCAUUGAGAGAGAGUGACGUAUCACAGGCUAGGAAUGAGAAAACAGAUUCAAAAGAGGAACUGGGAGACUUUUGGUUGGGUGGUCAAAAGACCGUUUCUGAACAAACAGUGUCAUUGGAAUUACCUUGUGAGCACAUGUUGAAGCACACAGCUGAAGAAGGAAAUCUAUAUGAGUAUCUGUGGGCAACCAAAUACCAGCCUAAGAAAUUGGGAGAAUUCAUCUGCAACAAAGCUAGAGCACUUGAGCUGAAAGCAUUGGUAAAAGGGGGAUGUGGCUGUAAUCAUUUUAUAUUCGAAGGACCCCCGAAUGUAGGAAAGAGAUCCAUGAUACGGGCUAUGCUUCGAGAGGUAUUUGGCGAUGACGGAGUGCAGGUCACAGAAGAAUACAAAGACUUCAGCUUGAAGGGAGAAAUGGUCGAAAAUCUCCAGCUGCGCAUGCAGAAAUCCCUCCAUCAUGUUGAGGUAAAUCUCUCGGAAGCAAAGGGAUAUGAAAAACAUGUGAUUGUUGAGCUAUUCAAGGAAACAUAUGGAAAGGUGAUAAAUAGCUCAUUGCCUUGUAGCCCCGAAAACUGUCAAGCAAUCAUUUUGUACGAGGCGGAGAAGCUAUCUUUAGAAUCGGUGUUGUAUAUAAAGUGGAUGGUAGAAAAGUAUAAAGGGUGUAAUAAGCUGUUCUUUUGUUGCUCUGAUGAAUCAAGGCUACAACCAAUCCAAUCACAUUGCACUACUGUCCGCCUCUCAUCGCCAUCAACUCAACAGAUUGUUAAGAUUUUGGAAUAUAUUGUACAAGAAGAAGGAAUAAAAUUAUCACGCGAGUCAAUCAAGAAGAUAAUUUUGAGGUCCAAAAACAAUCUCCGUCAAGCCAUUCGUUCAUUGGAGGCCACUUACAGACACAAGAAUGCCCUCAAUGACGAUGAUUUAAUUUUAACCGGGUGGGAGUACGAUAUUCUGAAUAUUGCUAAAAAUAUAAUCAGUGAGCAGAGUCCACGACAGUUGUACGCCAUUCGAAGAAAGCUUCAAAGUCUUAUGAUUCACGAUGUUCCUCCUGACUUCAUUUACAAGUCUUUGGUUGCACACUUAACAAGUCUAGUUGAUGAUUCACUGCGCUCAGAGUUUGCCAAACUUCACAAGGAGUACACUAAAGGUAGUGAAAUGAAAUUCGAAAGUGCGAAGCAUUAUGCUGAAAACAAACCAGGAGGAUCUGAUGAAAAGAACAGCGAAAUAACAAAAAAGAAUGCAAUGAACUACUUAAAAGUUGAAGAAUUCAUAGCAAAAUUCAUGAGCUGGUACAAGAAUUUGUCUAAGAGUAAUGAUCACAUGCAAGUUAUUGCUGGAGUUUAA